UGGGACAUCGGACCCAGUUGAGGACCACUCGAGAAGCGGUCACCUUCUGCCGCCCAUGCGGCGUUGUGUGGUACAGCGACGGGGGCGCCGGCUCGCGUUGACAACCAUGCGGCGUGCUCGGCAAACGUGUUCCAAGUUGGAAUGACGUGGCAGCACCGUUUGCAGGAUCGAGCAAAAACUCGGAUCAACGACCUUGUUGAGCGAGAGAUGACGACGUUACAGUUGGACACUAUUGUCUUCGAUGAUGCUAUAUUUAACGCGUUGCCAUGCAGCGCUUCAAGGGUGACAGCCUCCCGUCCUACUACAUCGCGACGCCCAAGAAGAGCGCAUCGAGCCUCGUCAUCGCCGACAUUCAGAGUCAUUGCAGUCCCACGACCUCAAGCACAUGCGACGCACCCCAGCACAAGACGCGCUCCACGCAAGACGACGCCAAGCGCGUCACGGUCCGACCAACGAGCUCCAACAACCGAAACCACGUUGUGGUCAAGCGGCGCGUCGAGCGGCCGUCGCUCUCGGCGCAGCUGGCGUCCAUCGGGCAGCAGGCGCAGACACUCGUCGAGUCGCUGCGACCGCCGAACGUCGGCGGCGACCUCAUCGUGCCGACGUCGAGCAUGACGGUCGGUCGCCUCGAGUGCAAAUUUCCGUCGCCCGCGCGCUUUGACGAGACCGCGUGUAAGUACCAGUUUUUAGUCGCGUCACGGGACAUUGCCAUGGUCAUGUACUACCGCGACAUGACGCAAGUCACGUUGGACGGCCGCGCGACGAGCUUGAAGUUCAAGAUUGGCCACGCUCUCGACGAGUUUGGCAGCGACUACGACCACCGCAACCGUCAGCAUUUCAUCACGAUCGGGUUCGCGUCCGUGACCGACUUUGAACGCGUCCGGACGUUCUUGCGUCUACGAGUGCCACGUCAUCGUCGGCCGCCCGGCGCUGGCUCGUCAAAUUGAACAGGACGCGAUCUUGUAUUGUCGAUGCUGUCGAAUUGGAUAUCGCAUUGGAUAGUCGGAUAUUACCAGUGGACAAGUAUCCAAGUAUCCUAACGCCAGCACUUUGGCAAGAAUGCACUGGAGCGACGCGAUUGACGGGCAUUUCCCUUGGUGCAACGCGACACACGAUGUUCAUGGAGACGCAGCGAUACUCUCGUCGAUCC